AUGGCUAUAGUACGAAGUGUAUUACGAUCAUUGCUUCGACAAAACGUGCCGCAUAUAGUCAGACCAAAACAAUUAAAGUUUUCCGCACAAAUUGUUUCCUGCACCAAUGGUAUCACUCUACGCACACCUUUCUGCACAGCCUCCCCAUUGGCUGGUAAUGCACAAAAUACCACUGAUAGCGAUGAAUUAGGGAAACUUGAGCGCCGUAAAAUGAGCCUUAUGUACACGUGUAAGGUGUGCAAUCAUCGGAAUAUGAACAUGAUAUCGAAACAGGCUUACGAAAAAGGAGUCGUUAUAGUGACGUGCGAGGGGUGCAACAAUCACCACCUUAUAGCGGACAACUUGAACUGGUUUACGGAUUUGAAUGGAAAGCGAAACGUCGAGGAAAUACUAGCCGAGAAGGGAGAAAAAAUUACAAAGAUAUUUGAGAAAUAAAAAAAAUGAAACAACGUUACCUGUUGUUACGGCUUGUACAUUUGACAAAGGGUGCAAUCUUAGGUUUGAAUUCUAGAUUAUAGUAGUAGUUAUUGUUCUCAAUAUGUAAGAUUUAAAUAAGGAUUCAAAGCUGUUGUAGC